AUGUCAAGGAAUGAGCAGCCUGGACCCCACCAUUGCAUUCAACUGCCCCGCGGUCUUCUCGAAGCUCCCUAUUACAUGUCAUAUCUCCAACUACACCUCUUCACACGGUUCUCGUCAUAUUUGAUCAUGCCUUCCACGUCCACGUCCGCCGACACCACACCCAUCGCCCCCGCGCGGUUCGCCGCCGCCCUCAAGGACCUCUCGGUGGGCAUGUUGCACCUCAAAGUCCUUGAAAUCCGCAACUCGAUCGCCCAUCUACAGUACUCCAACGACCAACUCAAGCCAUUUGCAGAGGGUACAGAGACCACACCGUCCGGUGAAGCUUCGGGGCCCGACCAGGACUGCAUCGAUGCUAUUCGCGAGAACGAACAAGUCAUUGACCGUAUGGCUGAGCGCAUAGCUCUGAUCCGUGCAGAGGUGGAAGAGCGUGGACUCAGCUGGACGGAAUUCCAGAACCGGGAUGAGACAACAAGUAAGAACGAUGAAGACGCGGCUGCUGUCAAUGGAGAUACUCAAGCUAGCACCGCGGCAUCGGACAACGAGAAUCGACACAAUGCAUGGAACGAUGGGACUUUUCAAACGGGGACAAUUCGAAACGGCGAGGUACAGGUGGAUCGUCAGGCCGGUCGACCAGAAGGUGGAAGUUUGAGCGAUGAGCAGCUUCGCAGGGCACUAGAGGAGCGAAUGCGAGACCUAGGCACAGACGAUGAUGAAGGAGGCAUGCACCUAUGAGAUCGGGAGGCGAAAGAAACAUGAAAAAAAUACAGCAUAGCCGGCGUUCGGGAGAUGGAAAGAGAUGACGGCAUGAUACCCAAUAGUAUACCG